AUGCAUUCCAAGAAACUCUUGUCUUUGGCCUUGAGCCUUUUUGUGGUGGAGUCGGCAGUAGGCAGUCCCUGCAAGCCGAGGACUUCCUCUGACACUUCUGUCGCCUCAAGUACGCUCGCUGAAUCUACGACCGCGAUUCUCGCUGUGCCUUCCACCACGGAUACCACCGUGGCAGUUGUUGAGGCCAGCACUACCACCGAAACCAGCGAGACUGAGGCCGAGACCGCUACCACGCUUUUGACCAUCACCACGGCUACAUCAGUGGACUCUACCACUGCUGAAGAGGGAACAACUACAGCCGCCGAGACUAAUACUGCCGCUGUUGAGACAACUACAACAGGACCAGAGACUACAGCCACCACUGAGGCUGUGACCACGACUGGGGAGACAACUACCGCAGAGGCUCAGACAAUAGCCACGGCAGACGCCGAGACUACUACUGAGGCCACUACUACAACCGCCGCAGACCCUGGCUGUGCCCAAACCCUACUACUAGCCAACCCCACUCCUAUUUUUGACGCGCAGAAUGGUAGAUAUGAUGAUAGCUACAACAUCGUCAAUCCGCCUUUUCCGAUCGGGGUCUUUGGCGCUGCUUCAAGGAAUGUCUUCGUCAGCACGAACGGCCUUUUGUCACUAGAUUCCGGCGCGAGCCAUUAUGCCAAUUACCAAUUACCAGCCGAGCUCCUCCCGAGUACUAGCAUCAUGCCCUACUGGGACGAUUUCCUAAUCACCGAGGGCACUUGCAACACGGGUAUCUUCUACGAUGUCUAUGAGACCGCCCGCGGCAACACGUUCACCAUCGAGUAUAACGUUGGCAGUCUUCGGCCUUCGUUCAUAGGCACGGGUGAGCACUUCUCGGUCAGUUUCUACGAGGAUCAUCCCGGGUUGGUCAGGUUUGAGUACUACCAGACUACCAUACAUGGUUCGAGCGCAACUGUUGGUCUGCAGAGUGGGGAUUUGUUCUCACAAUUCUCUUUUAACCAAGACAACUCUAUCCCUGAUCAGUACUUCAUUGAGAUAGAAACGAACGAAGAAGGUUCAACCACCCGGACAGGUUCUCUGUAA